CACCCCCCGUGUACAGUAUAAAUAGCUCCCACGUGAUUGGUCGGGGGGCGCGUGCUGGAGUGGCUUUGCAGGCGUGGGUGUUGGUGUGCAGUGGUGCUACGGAGCGGCGUGACGAUGACAACCCUGGAGACCUUGAGCCCAGAAGUUCUGGAGGCGAUCCUGGAGUUCCUGGACCCCGUCUCGCUCCUCCGCGUCGCCACCACGUGCCGUGCCCUGUACCGAGUGUGCGAGUCCCAGCGCCUGUGGAACCGCCACUGCAAGAGCCACUUCUCCGUCUCCAUGCCGUCGUAUCCCCCCCCCGCUCGCUGCGUGUACCGCGCGCUCCACAUGUGGAGCCGCAUCCACGCCAUGCUGCGCUUCAACCCGCGCCUGCGCGGAAACAUGGACCGCGCCGUCGUGUCGCGGCGCCACCCCUCCAUCGGCACCCCCUACUGGCUCGGCUGGGUGGCGUUCCAGGGACCCGGCAGCGCCGCGCUGCCCAGGAAGGUGCUGGUGACGGGCAGGGACAUGAUGCGGCUCUGGGGCGUCACCCCCGCCGAUCUCGCAGAGCCACUCCUCGUCCCAGGCUACGCGGACUGGUACAGAGUCGCCUGCACGGAGCUGCACGCCGCCGCCAUCCUGCGCCACGGAGAUGCCGCUUCUCUGAUGCGUCACGUGCUCAGCGUGCAUAUAAAUUCGACGCACCGGCCGCUGGAGGCCGCCUACUCGCUGUACCGCCAGCAGCGCUUCCAGUGGCUCAUGGGCGAGCUGCUGCAGGAGACCGUGUCCUCCUCCAGAAUCGGGGGCAGCAGUCUGUACGUCCUCACGUGCUGGAGGGGGGACGGCACCGGUCCACCCCCGGGUUCAGAGCGCCCGAAGGUGAGCGAUGGGGGGGUGUCGAGAGUGGCCGACAUGCACCAGCUAACGCGGGACUAUCUGAAGGGGCGGCUCGCCAUGGCGGAUGAGGAGGCCGGCAUCGCCACGGUCCGCUACUACGUGUCCACGUGUCGCUCCCUGCAAGUCUGGCUCACCAGCAGGGACUGGACCCAAUUCAAGCGGCGAAAGGUGUACGUGCACACGCUGGUGGGGGCGGUGCGUGCCCUGCAACCGCAGCUGAUGGCCGGGCCUGUGAGCCGCAGCACCCUCUGGGACUCUGUGAAGGUCGCAUUGGGCAGGGUGCUGAAGCUGCAGAGGGUGGCGCACAACCAGACCCGCUGGGCUCUCAUCUACCCGACGCCCUACUACGAGCUGUACAUGCAGACGGGCCGUGCGGAGUACCUCGUGUGGCUGCGCGACUUUCUGUCGCGCAAGUGGCACGUCAGCCAGUGGCUGUGCCACGCCGAGUACGCGUGGCUCCGCGAAGCCCUCUCCCCCGCGGCCAACCAGCUCCUUGCGUUCCACACGGAGAUCUCCGGCGGUGACCUGCACGGCGAUUGCCCUCUGAGCUCGCUGAAACGGUGCCUCUGGCUCUACCUACACACAGGGCAUCAUUCGUUCUGCGUGCAGCUGACCAGCGCGCUCUUGUGCGAGGCUCUGUCUUGGAGUCUGCUCGCGCCGCCCCCUGGCCCGCGAUCCCCCCUGGGCCCGCUGGGCCUCCUGGGCCCGCUGGGCCUCCUGGGCCCGCUGGGGCACGUGUUCACUCUGAGCAACGCGGUGCUGGCUGCGCCCCACCCGGUUUCCUGUUCGUGCUUCGCAGACCUGGGUGACGCUUGGCCAGUGCCACAACUGAACGUUUGCCAGUGCGGCGUUGGUGUGGUGGCGGGGUCGAAUCUGGGGUAGAGGUGGCGGUAGGGGGAUGUUGAUGCAGACACGGGGCGUGAUUUCAAAUAGAAUAUCUGUUUUUGGGGGGGAGGGCCCAAGCUGUUCCACCCUGCCCCCACUCCUGACAGCGGAUGCGGGGGGGGCGGGGGGGGGUUGAGUAAUAUUUUCUGCAUCUCAGCCCCGGGCAGCUCCAUCCGAAAACUGAAUUCCUUUAAUUCUCAUUUUAACGUUGCGCCCGCUAUUGUGGACACGUGAUAGUCGUGUCCUGCUCUCUGUUUAAAAAUGUUUUUAUCGUUUUAUACCUUGUUUUUAGUGGGGGGGGGGGGGGUGGUUCUUUUCAAGUUGACUUUUAACAUUGUUCUGGUAGUUGGUAUUUUACUAUGGCAAGAGCAGUGUGUGUUUUGGGGGGUCACGGUGCUGUACCGGUCUCGUCCACAUGGACAUCACUUUCAGGGGGAGGGGUUUUGAGGAGCAGGUGAGGACCGCGAUGAUGGAGAGUUACGGUUUGUGGAGUUUGGCUUUUUUUACGCUCGCUGUUUGCACUAAUGUUUUACUUUUUUAAUCCAGCAAAGACGUUGGGGUUUGUGUUUUUUAACGAGCUGCGA